AUGAAGAACGUAUACACAACUUUGGGUUUUGCCCUUGGCGCCUCCGCCGCUACCUUGACCGCUCGCGAUCAAUGCUGCUUCUCUUUGACUGCUACUGGUGGUAAGAGCGGAGUCGUUGGCCAACUUGGCGAUGGCCAGAACAGGAUUGGGCAGACCUCUGGACUCGCCAAUGGACAGGGAACCUACUGCAUCAACAACGGUGGUCUCACUGAUGGAAAUGGCCGUGGCUGUAUCCUGACCCCUCCCACUACCCAGUUCCAAUGUGAUGUUGGCGCUUCGCCCACUACUGGCUUUGCCGUCAACUCCAAUGGUGACUUGACCUACAACGGCAACACCCAGUUCUACGCCUGCGCUACUGGUGACAAUGGUGGCUACAACAUCUACACCACCACCUCGAGUGCCCAGACCGGAUGUGUCGCAAUCGGCCUUAACACUGCACCUCCAGCCUCGGCACCCCCAGCCUCAGUCCCUGCUCCCAGCGGUACUUCCACUGGCAACGGAAACGGAAACGGAAACGGGAACGGCAACGGCAAUGGAAAUGGCAAUGGCAAUGGAAACGGCAAUGGUGGCGCUUGCCCUACUUCUUUGACUGGUGCUUACCAGACCCCUCAUGCCAUCAUCCCUGUCAACAAAGACCAGCCCAGCACCUCCUACGGAACCCAGUACUUCGCCUACCUGAGCUCCAGCAACAGCACCGUCUUCAACUUUGACAUCCCCUCCAGCUAUGCCGGAAAGCAGUGCAGCGUUGUCUUCCUCUUCCCCAAGCAGGCCGACCUGCAGACCUCUUCUUUCACCAUGUCUGGCUCUGGCGGCAUCAACUUCGACCAGCUUACCUCUCCUGCUCCCUUGAGCGUUAGCUACGCUAGCUGCCCUGCUGUCAAGAGCAACUUGGGCUCCGUUGCCAAUGUCACCCCUGGAAACAGCUACGUGGUUUCCACCGGUGCUUGCGCAGCUGGCACUACUCUGUCCAUCCUUGCUAGCAGCACUGGUGGUCUCAGCCUGUCCUACUUCGAGGACUGGAACCCCUCUCCCAUUGGUCUCUUCAUCACCUCCUGCUAA